AUGGGAAUUUAUACUAAGAGUUAUUGUCUCGAGUGUGAGCAAGCCUUGGUAAGCAAAUAUGACGUAUCCGAAGUGGGAACUGUUUAUACUGCGAAUUGGGAAAAAGGUCCAAAAGAUUGUUGGGAUGAGACCGAAUCGAAAUAUGUGGCGAGAAGAGAAUUAAUUAAAAUAGCUUUACACUCUCUUGGCAAUUCUCCAUCCUUAUUCCUUAAAGAGUUAAAAUUGCAUUAUUUUUCACGUGUUCAUAACGGCCUUAUGAUUCGAUUAUUUGGAGUAACUCGGGAGACCGUAACAGGACAUUUCAUGAUGGUAGCAGAGACCAUCGAGUGGGAUUUGAGGCAUUACGUAUCACAUCAUUUUGCUCGUCUUACAUGGUCACGUAAAUUGUCAAUACUUCAUUCAAUAGCCUGCGCUCUUGAACAAUUACAUAAUGGGGAACAAGUGCAUCGUUUGGAUACGUCUCCAAACACAUUAUUAACUCCUCCUCAAAUUCAUCGUCAAGCUAUUUAUACCUCUCGAAAACUCAAAUUUCCUAUCAUACCUUUAAACGCUCAAAAAAUCCUUCGAAAUACUACUACUUAUGAAGAUCAAUCUUCCACCAUAGACUUGGCUUCUUUGACGGUUAAGGAUCAAAGUUUUUUUACAAAAAGCAAUUGUAUGCAACGAAAGCUUGAAGAGGAAGAAAUAGAUGAAGAUAUAGCUAGACAAUAUGAACUUUCUAUUCCUUUUGAACUGCCCAUUGUAAUCUCUUCAUAA